CACACACACACACACACACACACACACACAGAGAGAGAUGCGAGCGAGUGGUGCUGCGUUGAUGGUGAUGAGAGCGGCGGCGGCCAGCCUCAGCGGUGAUGUGGCUGCUGCUACACAACAGAAGACGCUGUUGCCUGCUGUAAAGCAGCUUGUUCUCAAGCACGGCAUCGACCCUUCCGCGAUCACGCCGUCUGGGCCCCGCGGACACAUCCUCAAAGGGGAUGUGUUGGCAUACUUGGAUGGAACACAGGCACAACAGACAGUCAGCAAAGCUGCGCCUCAAAAGAAAGCAAAGAGUAAGACCAAGGGCCCUCAGCUGACCCUCUCCUUCCAAGCUGACACAACGGGCUCACUCACGUCCAAGCGCAAGCCUCGCCGCUUCCCCAGCACAGUCUCUCACCCCGCCGAGCAAGCUGCCACGGAGUCCCCUGUGUUGGACGAAGCCAUCCUUAGCUAUGUUUCCCGGCGGAUUCCCCGCCGUACAGCACAGUAGCGCGUGCUUCACACCUUCUUGACUUUGAUAUUGCACUGUGCUGUAUCCAGUGUUGUUCCGCGUUUGUUGUUGCUCUGCUUUGUUGCGUCCAUGGCAUGUUCGUGGGGUUUGUUCAAAGUGAGCGCGCGCCUUGUCUGUGCCCUUUGUUGUGGAUGAUUGGUCUCCGUUGUUUUGCUUGGCUGCUGCUUUUCGAUGGGGUCCCAAUGGCAUAUAUUGGCCUGGCUGCGAG